ACCUUCGGUCUGGUAAAAGACGCUUUCUUCCUUGUAGUCUCAAUCAAAACUUUUCAGUCGUCGAGACCUCCAGCUGCCUCCAGAGGGACUGUUUACUAUGGGGAAGAUAGAGUGGGCGAUGUGGGCCAAUGAACAGGCUCUGGCCUCGGGACUCAUUCUCCUCACCGGUGGUAUAGUGGGGGUGGCUGGACAGUUCAGAGGCUGGCAGUUUGCAGCCUAUGGAGUUGCUGCUGGAGUUUUUGUGUGUCUACUUGAAUAUCCAAGAGGCAAGAGGUCUAAAGGCACAAGUGUGGCAAGAACGGGCCAGUACUGCUUCACUGUGUGUGUAAAAGCUUUUGGGCCGUUGACAAGGAACUACUAUGUCAGAGCCUUUUUACAUGCUGCAAUCUGUGUUCCUGGAGGUUUUAUGCUUGCUACUGUCCUUGGGUGUGUCUGCCUUGGAAUUGCCAGCCUCAUCUAUCUUGCAGCAGCAAUCCGGGGUGAACACUGGGAGCCCAUUCUUCCACGAACUGAGACCCAGAGAAAACCAGUACCACCGAGCAUCAAGAAUCCUCCAUCGAAUCCCCCACCGAGACCUCCCCCAGAGAUGCGUCGGAAACGGGUAGAUGACCUCGAGGGAGCAGCCUAUGACAACCCCAUUCCUGUUACUGCCAACGAGUAUUAACCGGUUAGGUACCCCUAACCUCCCCUCUGUUACCAAACCCACCAGGACCAGUCACUGUGAGAUCAUGUCAGGUUCUGUUAUUCUGGACAAAAUUAAUUGAAGAUAGUGAUUGCUACACACUGUCACCAUCCAACUUUAUGUAUUUACACCAGUAAAAAUGAAGAUUUGGUAAAAUUAUUGUCAUGUUUAAUUUGUGGGAAACAUACAGGGGUGUAAGGUCCAUGCUGUAGCUGCUAAGUAACAACCAAAUAUUAUGUUAUUAACUUUAAUGAACAUGUGAACAAACUCUUGUUUUAUAUUACACCCACUAUUUUUUUUAUCUGUCUCAUCAGCUGUAUUGUACUGAAUCCAAAUAUCUUAAAAUUUAUUAUAUUCUGUAUGUAUUUACAUUUUGUCCUUAAACCUCAUGCAGAUUUUAACCAUUUAUCAGAAAUUAGAUAUCACAUGACUUUUUUUCUGAACUUUUGUUGUCUUGUAAAUAAAUGCCAUAUUACUUGAAUCAUUA